AUGGCUGUCGGUGCCCAACAAAUGACCUCUAAUACCUCCCCCGAAAGGAUACCUGUUGAUUCUUCACUUUCUCCGGGAACUAACCAGACUUCAUGGCUUUCGCCUUCUGGUCUCUUUGCCUUUGGGUUUUAUCAGGAAGGCGGCAAAUAUGCCGUGGGAAUCUGGCUUGUUGGUAAUCCAAAUAAAACUGUCAUUUGGACAGCCAAUCGAGAUGAUCCUCUUGUCGAUUCUAGUUCUUCUAUUGAGUUCACCCCCUAUACACUCAUUGUUCGAACCUAUCAGGGAGGAAAAGCCAAGUCGAUCAUUUCAUGGCAAAAGCCGGCAGACUCAGCCUCGAUGCUUGAUUCUGGUAAUUUUGUCAUUUACAAUUUCCCGUAUGAUCCGUCUAAUGUAAAUUGGCAAAGCUUUGAUUCCCCAACGGACACCCUUGUAAUUGAUCAACAUCUGUUAAAUUAUAAGGAAUUGGUUUCAAGCAAAUCCCCAGUAGACCACUCGAGCGGGCGAUUUCAUGUUGUAAUGCAGGGUGAUAGCAACCUCGUUGCAUACGGCGUUAAUUCCACUAAUGUUGAUACCGAUGCAUAUUGGUCCACCAAUACCCAAGAAAAAAUCAAUGCCACAUACACAUUGCUCCAGGAUAGAGUAGCCUUGUUCUUUGUGGGUGGGCUUGUAACGCUUCAAGCUAAUAGCUCAGAUCCAGAUCAGAAGAGCAUUCUACUUUACCGAGCAACGCUGGAUUAUGAUGGAAAUUUUAGGCUCUAUUUGCACAGUUUCAUUAAUGGUGAUGCCUUGAACUCAAAUGUGUCGGUAAAGUGGUUGGCACAGAAUUCCUCAUGUGAUAUAAAAGGUUUUUGCGGAUUAAACAGCUUCUGCAAAGUCACAGACGAAAAGGCAGGGUGUCAUUGCUUCCCAGGGUUUGAUUUUGUGGAUGAAAGUCAUGAUUUCCUCGGCUGUUACAGGAGGUCUAACUACGAACAACUCUGCAGGGCUGAAGAAUCUGCCUUGUCUUUUAGUAUUGUCCAAAUGAACAGUACUACGAUGGGGGGCCAUCCUUAUUCUGUGAUACCACUUUCCCUUGAAGAAUGCAGCAGGUCUUGUUCAGACGACUGCCAUUGUGAAGCUGCUCUGCACGUCAAUGAUAUCUGUGAGAAAAACAAGCUUCCCAUCAUGUAUGCAGCUAAAACUCCAGAUAAUUCUUCCACAGUUUUGAUCAAGAAAUUAAUGCCUGCCCCUCCUGGAAAACCAGAGGAGCCCAAUCAACAUGUGACCAAGGGAAAGAAGAUGCUUAUUUUGCUCUUAUCAAUCAGCUUGGGUUCCUUUGCAGUUCUGUGUUGCCUGAUAGCAGUCUUCAGCUUCUUGAUGUAUCAUCACCAAGUUCGUAAGUAUGAAAGGCUGGCAAAAGUUCCUACUUUGGGUCCAGCGCAAGAGUUUAGCCUGCAAUCUUUUUCAUAUAACGAGCUUGAGAAAGCCACUGCUGGGUUCAGGGAAAAGCUUCACAAGGGCUCCCUAUGGACGGUGUACAAAGGGGCUAUAUCUGACGGUAAAAGGCCUGUAGCAGUGAAGAGGCUAGAAAGAGAAGUGGAAGAAGGAGAACAGGAGUUUCGAGCAGAAAUGACUACAGUUGGACGUACUCAUCACAAAAGCUUAGUUCGGCUGCUCGGGUUUUGCAAGGAAAACUCUAGGAAAAUUCUUGUCUAUGAAUACCUGAAAAAUGGAUCCCUGGCGAAUCUUCUGUUCAAUGUUGAAAACCAGCUGGCCUGGAGAGAGAGAGUGAGAAUUGCAUUGGAAGUUGCAAGAGGAAUCCUGUAUCUACAUGAAGAAUGUGAUCUUCAAAUAAUUCAUGGUGCUAUUUCGACUCGAAAUAUUCUAAUCGAUGAAUCAUGGACGGCAAAGAUCUCAGAUUUCAGGUUAGCAAAGGUUUUAAUGCCAAAUCAAACAGGAAUCCUCUAUAACAUCAAAGGUAAGAGAACAUGUGUGGCACCUGAACAGCACAAGCAUGCCUUAUUGUCCACAAAGGUUGAUAUUUAUAGCUUUGGAGUUGUGCUAUUGGAAACCGUGUGCUGCCGAAGCAACAUCGUGGUUGAUGCUCCAACGGCAGAUGAAGUGCUUCUUUCCACGUGGGUGCAAAAGUGUUAUGUUGCCGGAGAGUUGAAAAAACUUAUUAUGGAUGAUGCACAAGUGGACAUGAAAAGCCUGGAAAAGAUGGUGAAAGUGGGACUGCUUUGCACUCAAGAUGAUCCAAGUCUUCGCCCUUCAAUCAAAGAUGUAAUAUUGAUGUUGGAAGGCACCAAGGAUACGCCGGACCCCCCCUUCAUAACAAUGUCCUCAGUUUGCUUUUAG